GAAUCGCAAGUCAAGGUUACAAAUGUUUGUAUAGAAAAAAAUAUUUAAAACCGCAGAAUAAAACUCACUGACCGACCAACACAUGGGAGUAAAGGAAAUACAGUUUUUCAAACAAAUACGAAUUCAACGUAAUUAGUUUGUAUUAAACCCGCAUAAAAAGAACAUUAAAUAAAAGAACAAUUUAAAAAUUAUUUAAAAUAUUUUAAAAAGUGUUACAACAACAAUAAAAAAUGGCACGAUUUACACGCCUUCAAUAUUGGCAGAUAGCUGUUUUUGCUGGCUACUGGUUUAUCUUCUUUCCCAUUAUAUGGUUUUUAAUCAGACCCGAUACAUUUGCCUCCACUAUUUGGGGUACUGUGUUAUUUGCCCUUAUUUUAUUGGCGCUCUAUUUAAUUAUAUAUUUCCUCAUCAAAUGCUGCUGCAAGCCUAAGGAUUCUAAUACAAAUCACAAAAGAAUUUGGACAAGACCUUCGAGAAGGGGUGCCGAAAAUCCUGUUUAUUCACCCACCACCACCAGUAAUGGAGAGGAGGAAGAGACUAGAGUUCGCAUGCCCGAUGCGGUGGUAUAUGAAAAUACGUCUGCUAAUAAAAAGCCUGGUUUAGUGUGUCAGGAAGAGCCUUUAAUCGAUGAGGAAAGAAAAAAUGUACGUUUCAUUACCAGUUGUUCACUGUACUAUGAUGGACAAGAUUUUCAUGAUUUUAAAUAGAAUAUAGUUUUAAGAAAGUUGUGUGUUUUUUUUUUAAAUUUAGUAAUAUUUUUUUUGUGAAAUUGAAGAAAUUUAAAUAAAAAAGUGAAAACCUGAAAUUAUUCAACAACACUGCAAAAUUAAUUAUUGGUUUGGAAAAUUUAACAAAUACUCCUUAACUAAAAUUAAUCUUCAAAAAUA